AGUGACACCGCCAUGGCGUCACCUUUUAGCGGGGUCUUGCAGCUCACGGACCUGGACGAUUUUAUCGGGCCUUCUCAGGAAUGUAUCAAGCCUGUGAAGGUGGAAAAGAGACCAGGAAGCAGCGUGACCAAGAUCCACAUCGAGGAUGACGGGAGUUACGUCCAGGUUGACCACGACGGCAGGAUCCAGAGGCUGGAGAAGGCCAAGGUCUCCCUGAACGACUGCCUGGCAUGCAGUGGCUGCGUCACCUCAGCAGAGACUGUGCUCAUCACUCAGCAGAGCCACAAGGAGCUGCGGAAGGUUCUAGAUGCUAAUAAGGUGGCUGCACCGGCUCAGCAGAAGCUGGUUGUGGUCUCCGUCUCGCCACAGUCCAGAGCAUCCCUGGCUGCUCGGUGUCAGCUGAAUCCCACAGACACUGCCAGGAAGUUAACCUCAUUCUUUAAAAAAAUAGGGGUCCACUUUGUCUUCGAUACGGCUUUCUCAAGGAACUUCAGCCUCCUGGAAUGCCAGCGGGAGUUCGUGCGGCGCUUCCGAGGACAGGCCCUGCCGGUGCUGGCAUCCGCCUGCCCAGGCUGGAUCUGCUAUGCUGAGAAGACCCAUGGCAGCUUCCUCCUCCCUCACCUAAGCACUGCCCGGUCUCCGCAGCAGGUCAUGGGCUCCCUGGUCAAGGACUUCUUUGCCCAGCAGCAGCACUUGACUCCAGACAAGAUCUACCACGUGACAGUGAUGCCCUGCUACGACAAAAAACUAGAGGCCUCCAGACCUGAAUUUUUCAACCAGGAGCACCAGACCCGUGAUGUGGAUUGCGUCCUCACGACAGGAGAAGUCUUCAAGUUGCUGGAAGAGGAUGGUGUCUCACUGUCAGACCUGGAGCCGGCCCCUUUGGACAGCCUGUGCAACACGUCUGCAGAGGAGCCCACCAGCCACCGGGGUGGGGGCUCAGGGGGCUACCUGGAGCAUGUGUUCCGGCACGCAGCCCGAGAGCUCUUUGGGAUCCAUGUAGCUGAGGUCACCUACAGGCCCCUGAGGAACAAGGACCUCCAGGAGGUGACCCUAGAGAGGGAGGGCCAGGUGCUGCUGCAUUUCGCAGCUGCCUAUGGCUUCCGCAACAUCCAGAACCUGGUGCAGAAGCUCCGGCGGGGCCGCUGCCCCUACCACUAUGUGGAAGUCAUGGCCUGCCCCUCAGGCUGCCUCAAUGGCGGGGGCCAGCUGCAGACCCCUGACACACCCAGCAGGGAACUCCUGCAGCUUGUGGAACAGCUGUACCGCGCAGUCAAGGUCGAGGCACCUGAGGAUGCACCUGGGGUCCCAGAGCUGUAUGCGCGCUGGCUGCAGGGCGAGGGCUCAGAGCAAGUGGGCCGCCUGCUGCACACACAGUUCCAUGCUGUGGAGAAGGCUGGCACCAGCCUCAGCAUCAGAUGGUAGAGGCCACUGGGGAAGCACCAGGACUCCAGAGGGCUGUGUGAGGCCCAGCAGCGAUGCCACACACCCGAGACCCCAGGGCUCACCCCGAUUCGGAGUGAGCUAUAGGGCCAUGCUGGAGCCAUGUGGGAGCAGGACAGCAUCAGCACUUGUGAGGGGGCCAGAGCCUACUCUUCAGGCUCCUCCAGCCUACUCUUCGGGCUCCACACUGGUUCUGCUGUGAUACAUGGGUGGCCAAGCUGGCAGAAGGCCCUGUGAGGCUCUGGGUCCAUGGCUACUUUGCAGGGGUGGUAAGGACUUCAGUCAACCUCUGGGAUGCCCACAGCAGAGCAAUGCAGGUUCUCACCUUGACUUCUGGAGUCACUCCCGAAGCUGCAGUGCAGAGGGUGGAAGACAGACUGGACCUGCCAGGGUGUCCCCACUGCACCCCUGCAUGGGUAUCACCCGGCAGGAAGGGCUGCUGGUACCCUGUGCAGCUGUAGCCUGUGUGGCAAGGGUGCAUGUGUCUGGCUGUCACGUGGGCAGCGGGCAUCUCUGAUGUCUCCCUCCCAGUUGGGAUCCCUAAGCCUGUCCCCUGAAGCCUGCCUAAUAAAGGGACUGUCCCACAGCACCUUGAGCUGCUCCCAGAGCGCGCCAGCACCAA